GCACUGAGUACGCAGCACUGAGCGGAUCUGGUCUUUGAGCUGAGAAGGAUGUGCAGUACCAAGAAUUUGCUCCUGGCUGCUCUGCUCUCGGUGCUGCUACUGCAGUUCUGCAGCCGGUCAGCAGCAAUAAGCAGCUAUGACUGUUGCCUCGGAUAUACAGCACGUAGAUUGAACCCUAAGAACCUGCGGGGAUUUGUGCGACAGCACUCCAACGAGGCUUGUGACAUCGAUGCCGUCAUUUUUAUCACGAAGAAUAAAAGAGCAGUAUGUGCGGACCCAAAGAAGGCUUGGGUAAAAGAAGCAGUGCGUAUCCUCAGUGAAUAAGGUAGAUAGAUGUAAAUAUGGAUGCUGCCCAGAGAGGAAUUGGACACUGCUCAGGAAGGAAGAGAAAGCUGUUGAAAUUAUACCUUCACUGGCACAUCACUGAAAAUUUAGCUUGUCU